CUCAUCCCCAUCCCCAUCCCUACGAAUAAUAAACCAAUUCGUAAACUAACUACUUACGAGUAAUAAUACUUGUAAGCUUUAUCUAGGUAUGUACACCAUAGGUAGUUACUCGUGCCGUGUUCCUCCUCGCCUCUCCUCUCCUCCACUCUCUACUCUCCUCGUCCCUCCCCUCCCUUCCUCUUCUCUCCCUCUUUCCCUCCUCCAGUGGCGUCACAAUGUUUUCGUCGUACAAUGGAAACAUUAUCCUACCAUCACCAUAAUGUCGCAUUCCCUCUACCUGCCCAUCAGGAGCUCCAUGUAUGCGCGAUACACCUGGGCAGGUCCCGGCGUCCAGGCGAAGCGGCUUCCGGGUACACGCCCCACUCAUAUUCUCACCACCUUAACCACCUCACAAGUAAGAUGAUAACCUCCGCCGUUCAUCUGCCGAACGGCGACAUCUUGUUGGACUGGAUCAUUCUGCUCCUAGCCCUUCUUGUCCACUUCAACCUCCGUAACGAUCGAAAGCCCAAUUCCAAAGUCCAACAUUGUAGGAGUCAGCCCUCGCAGACCAACAUAGAUUCCCCGCUCUUUCAUGUCCAAGCCGUUCGAUAUGUCCCAUUCUUGGAUGGAAAGCCGGAAUUCAAUAUCCCCGUACUGGACGGCCCAUUGGACCCCGAGACGCGGAUCCAGGUCAUUGAUGCAUUGCAAGGCGCAUUGCAGGAGAUUGAACGCCAAAACAUCCGCUUGAGCGCUGUCGAAAAAGAAUUGAAAGUUCUCAAGGAAAGACAGGCUUGGAGAGAUGAAGAGGCUGAGUGGGAGGACUACGACGAGGCAGAAGGUUGGGAAGAGGGGUUUGAAGAGGACUACGAAGACUAUACGGACCAGAGUGGCGACGAGUAUGCAGACGAUGAAGAUGAUCUCAGCAUAGAGGACGAAGAGAUCAAGACCGGUAAGCGGACAUGUCCCUACAUGGGCGUAAUAUCAUAACCACUGACCGCAUCCCCAGCAAUCAUCACGUUUGAUGGGAAACCAGUCUAUGGCAUGCCGAGAGUCGAGGAAGAGACGAACUGCGACUUCCAGCCAUGUCCACAAGUACGCAUCAAAGAUUUGGCUACCACUCGCGUCACCAACGUGACAUCUGCCUACGUCUACUGCA